GCCGCGACGCCGCUGGCCACAGCCACAGCCGCGACCCCCGCCUGCACGCCGUCCAGCGCGCCGUCCAGCACACCGCCCAGCAAGCCGCCCAGCACGCCGCCCAGCAACGCGCCCUCUGCACACCGUGAGCCCCCAAGAUGAUGACGACGAGCUAUCCCCCGCACAACGGCGGCAUGCACCCCCAAGGCCUCCCGCCCGGGCACCCCAUGGCCGGCGGAGGCCCCAACCCCGGCCAGCACAUGCCCCCAGGCAUGCACCCCGGCGUCUCGGGUCCCAACGGCCCCGUGAGCCAGGCAGGGCCGAUGAUGGGCAUGCAGCCCGGCAUGCAGCCCAAUGCUCACGCCCUCUCCCACCUGCAGCCGCAGCAGGCGCAGAUGUUCCAGCAGCAGCAGCCGCAGCACCCCGGAAUGAUGAACCCCGCUAUGAUGCAGCGACAACAGCAGGCGCUUCAACAGCAAGCCUUCAUGCGACAGCAACAGUCCCAGCAAAUGCAGGCUCAGCAGCAAGGUGGGAUGGGCAUGGGAUUCCCGAAUGCCAUGGGCGGCAUGACCCCGCAGCAGAUGCAUCAGCUGCGAGCGCAGCAAAUGGGUCAAUCGUUUGUGCAGCUACCGCCACAUCUGCAGCAGUUGCAGCAGCAGCAGCAGAUGGCAAGCCAACAGGGAGGCAAUCCUCAGCAACAGGUCGCUAUGGCACAAGCCCAAGCCCAAGCCGCGCAUCAAGCCCAACAAGCCCAGGCGCAGCAGCAGCAGCAACAGCAGCAGCAACAACAGCAACAGCAGCAGCAGCAACAGCAACAACAACAACAGCAGCAGCAGCAACAUCACUUACAUCAACAGCAAGCAAUUGCUAUGCAGCACGCGCAGUCACAGUCAAGUAAUCACAGCCAGUCUGGAAAUCAAGGACCGCCGACAACUUCGCAGCCGCCACAAGGCCCGUUGCGCCCGCCGUCUGCAAUGAGCCACCAAGGACAAGCUUCGCCGGCUGCCCAACCUCAACCUCCGCAACAGCCACAGCCGCAGCAGCAGCAGCAGCAGCAACCGCAACAGCAGCCGCAGCCGCAACAGUCGGCACCUCAACCUCAGCAGCAAACACCAGCGCCGGCUCAGCCUCCUAGCCUUCCCCAGCAACCCGGCCAGCAGCCCCAGAAUCAAGCCCAAAUGCAGCAGCGCAACGCUGCAAUGGCACAACAGGUUCAAGCACAAGCACAAAGCCAAGCGCAGGCUCAGGCGGCUCAAGCACAAGCGCAAGCUCGGUCUAUUGCCCUGAUGAAGCAAAGCCAGGCACAGCCUAGUGGGCAGGGGACGCUGAAACUGAUGAACUUUGUAGAUCAGCUCGGCAAAUUCACUUCUGCUCGUGGAGAGCAAAAUCAGGUGUCUUUAUGGCAAAGCUUUGUGGACAAGUUCUUCAACGAGAGUGGAUCUUUUAUCCACGUGCUAUACUCCAUGUCUGCAGAACGGACAAAGCAGUUUGAGAUCGUCUGUGCCGCAUUGCCACGCUAUUUCUACACCGUCUUCAACACAGACAUCCAGAAUAUCCAGAUCACACUGGACGGAGCUAAGGAGAACACGGGACCCUCGGAGAACAAAGUUACCUGCGACCGUGCAAAGUUCAUUUACACGUACGAGAACCAGUGCCAGGUCGUCUACACGGGAAAGUUAACAGCUUUCUGGUCAGGCUCUGAUAAAAUGGAAUGGCUACAGUUUGAAGGGACAGGACAUCAACAGUACAUCCCACGAAAUGCUCUCGAACACCUGUUCCAACAGCCGUCGCCGAAUCCGAUGAAUCCAAAUCAGUCGCCACGCAUGAAUAAAAACGCGGCCAAGAACAAGCAACAGCAACAACGCAACGCACUAGAACCGCCAGAACCUUACUUACCUCUGUCCAAAUUGCUUAGUACUGGUGUAACGGACCUGGGAAUACCUCCCGCGCUCCAGCAUUAUCUCGAGAUCUACGAAACGAUGAAUAACAUGUCAAGCUUAAUGACUCACUAUCUCGAAAAUUCCAAUAUGAAGCCUAGCGAAGCGCUGGAAUCGUGGAACAACAUGAUGCAGACGACUUCUGGCGCCAUGAUACAACAGAACCCCCAACUGCAAGGACAGCAGAAUUCUGGACAGCAACAAGGAAAUAUGCCGCCUGGGGUACGCGGGCCACAGGGUCCAGGCCAGCCCGGUCAACCCAUGUUCAUGUCACCAGCCAUGGCCAACCAAUUACUGCCCAAUGGAGCCAUGAAUGGAUCACCUCACUUGAUGCACACGCCGUCACCCGCGUCCCAUCAAAUGGUCAAGCAACAAAGCCAGAACUCCCACACGGCUAGUGUUAAUACCUCGCCUAAUGUCACAGGGAAGCGAAGGCGGAGUACUGUCAAGAUAGACCAAGAUGACGACGGGCCCAAAAUCAAGCAGAGUCCGCGAGUGGGAGGCGGAAAGAGAAUGAAAGGAGCCAACUAGACACCAUCCAGCGGCUUUGAAAUUCAUUCGGGUUCGACACUCUAUCUAGGUCCCACCGUGGUCUUUGGCUGGACUAUGUAUUGACUGGUGUGCCUCGGACUGUGCAAGCAGCCCGACAUUGGUGCCAGUAGCCGCC